CUGGCCGUUCGGCUAGAAGAGCGUGCGUUGCCAGUGCAAUUUGUCAAUGAGACUGUACCCUGUUACAAACCUGUUAUACUGUACACGUAGUCGUUGGUAUGCGUCUUAGUUCGCUUUUAAAACUCAUUUGAUCUACUGCAUUCCAGCAUUGUUUGUUCCUACGAAUGUACCUGACCGCAUCUUGCCGCGACUACGGCGGCUUAGUUCGAAGAGUGACGUCCGAUUUAUCGGACUGCUAGGGUCGCACGUCGCACGUCCGACAGUCCCACGUUUCGAUAACAAACCCGUAGCUUUUUCAAAGGUACACGUGUGAUAAAUUACAUACAACUGGGUGUACUUAGAAUUAGUGGCGAACUCUUUUGUGACAGUGUGUCAUGUGUUUGAUGUUUUUUUCAAUUUAAAAUUGAAUUUGACACCGCCGCGCAGUGUGAUAAAUAACUAAGGAAUUUCAAGAGCUAUGGGUACACUAAGAUUGUUUCUACUUUUGGAUUUUAACUGAACACAUGGUGCGCGUCACAGUUGGCGGGCGCCCCUCGAUGAGGAGUCUCGUGGAGAUGUUGGGCGGGUCAUGCGCGCCGGCGGCCUGUGUACGGUGAGCGCUCCAUUGGCCGCGUGUAGCCCCGCGGCAGCGCUCCCGCCCGCCGCCCGCUUCUUGGCCCUACACUUACUCCAUCAACAAACACUCUACUUUAUCGUGCAGGUUAAGUCGCGCGUGCGCGAACUCUACCAGCAAACAUGUCUACAUUUCGCACAACAAGGAAUGAAAGAUACCGAGCUUUUUGGCCUUGCUCUUAUCUGUGAUGGUGAGUAUUUGUUUGCCGAGCCCGAUAGUAAAUUAUCAAAAUAUGCUCCAAAAAGUUGGAAAUCGUCUCACAGCCAUGGCUUGGAUGCGAACGGCCGACCAGCCCUUGCAUUCUAUUUCCGAGUGCAGUUUUAUGUCGACAGUCCACUUCUUUUACGAGACGAGACCACCAGACACCACUACUACUUGCAAUUGCGGUUCAACGUUGCCGGGGGAGCCGCCACUGAUAAGGUUACUCAGCAAUUGGCAGGACUCGCUCUUCAGGCCGACCUGGGAGACCAUCGGUCGCCCACAGAAGCGUCGCCAUCAGCAGCAAAUUCUAAUGCUGCGACUACAAUCAAUACGACGUUUCGACCCGAAGACUACGUGCCUCCCAAUAUGCGUGGACCACAGGCCCUACGAUCGGUGGAAGCCGUUCACAGAAGUUACAGAGGUCUUACAAAGGCGGAAGCGAGGGCGCGUUUUAUAGCAGAGGCAUGUCAAUCUCAAGACCCCAUCAAUGCUCACGUAUUCCGCCUAAGAGCAUCAAAAAAUGAGGUCUCUCCUGGAUCCUUGACUCUUGCAGUUUGCGCCAGGGGAUUGCUUGUGUGUCCCGACAAUAAUCCACCAUCGACAUUCCUUUGGAGUUCAAUAGCAAAACUCAGUUUUGAGCGAAAAAAAUUUGAAAUUAGAACAAAUCACGAAAAACUGACUCUUUACUCCACUAGCGACGAGAAGAGUCGACUCUUAUUAGCAUUAUGUAAGGCUACUCAUCAAUUUAGUAUGGCAGUGGCGCCGCGUUUGAAUGAGAUGCGUCGUGAAGAAGAAGAUCGACAAAAGCGACGAUGGGACUGCGAUCAAAGGAUAUCCGUCAUUUCAAGUACCUCUUCGAAUACUACCUCGGGCAUAGUGAGUGAUCGCGUUCAUUCCGAAGAUGAGCUGGAAAUAAUGAUUACUAGUCCACCGGCACCAUCAACCGAAAGCUUAGCUCUUGCCCACCUUUUGGACAGCGCUCCGGCCAGCUGCAGGACCUCAGCUGCAUCUGCCACCGUUGCUUUGGUUGCACUGUCAUUGAAAGACGAAGAAACGAAUUCGGCAAAACUGAACUUCAAUGCAACCAGUAGUGAAACCUCAAGUAAAACGAUUGCAAGCGGCAAAUGUACCGCCGACUCCCAGUGUAGUAGUUCCUGUAGCACUGUCAUUGUGACUCCUGUGCAGAAUAAAUCGAAAAUAAGAAGACCUUCGACUAGUAGUAGUUUAGAGCUUGGGUUCUCACACACAGCACAGAAUUCGACGGUCAGCGAUGCUACAUGCAUCGAGUUGGAUACGCGCGAUCCGGUCUAUCUUGCUGCAGGCGUUGCACCAAGUAGUCAAACUAGCGGAGUUUACACCCUUACUUCCAGCGAUCAAUACACAAUGUCCUCAUCGACGUGUGGUCAAUACAGUACAACCACCGAAGACCAGGUGGACGGGCCUUUUCGCGAUCGAUGCAAUUCGGGCUCUUUUCGAGGCGACGGAAGCGAUCCUACUGAAAAACAACCGGUACCUUUGUCAGCUGAAGAACUGUCAGAUCUUAUUGUUGGUCGGUAUCCGUCGUGUAAAAGUGUCAGCAAUACGUUAGACUCCGAUUCCGACUAUGUCACCCUUCCAUCCUCGUACAGGGGUUAUCCAUCGAAAUCCCUCGAAAGAUUAGAUAGCGCUGAUAUGAGAUUUAGACCGCCGCCACCUCCAUAUCCCGCGGUCAGGAUUCACGACGAUUCUGAAGAAGCCAUUUUGAAGGAGCCACCACCGUAUCCUGAAAAUAUCCAUUUGGUUGUCCCACAGCUUGCAUAUCCGUCUGAGGAGGUGACUGCGAGGUUUAUAACUACGCGUUCUCCGAACAUCUUGACAGCCCAUGCGAGUCAUGUGGGGGGAAGCAGUGCACCGAGUUUUUCCAAAACAACGUUCGUACCUCCGAUUCCACCGAAAGUACCAAGAACACGGCCAUCCGUUGCUCUUGUAGACACAUCUUCCAAAACAAACAUGAUGGUGCCCCGUACGUAUUUACCUCCACCUCCUCCACCGGCACCUAGACAGCCACCUCCUCCGCCGCCUCCGGCUCUAGCGACUGUUUACACGAGUCAGUUGUCGCGGUCACAAAUAGAACAGUAUCAGCAACAAAUGUAUAGUGAUGUCGAUUUCGUAGUGUUUCCACUAAAAGAACCUGCGAUCAGCAAGCAAGAGUAUCUGGAGGCGAAGCAAGGUUCGCUAAUGGCCGCAUUGGCGCACAGCCCUCCAUAUAUUUAUCGUUCUGCUCCCUACCUCAAUCGUUACGCUUCAAGUCAAAACCUGUCAGAUACGUACAUCCAACUUCCGAUCUACGGAGCUGCCAGUAUUUCGUCUUCCGGCAGUUUGGAUCCACCACCUCCCCCAUUACCACCCAACAGACCCGGUCGAUUUAUGCGUACUCGUUCCGACGAUAACAUAUUAAAUAGUUUAGAGACGACUCCUCAACCUCCCAGGUUCAGACGCGUGCCUCCUCCACCUCCGCCACCACCUCCUCCUUUACGCGAUCGGAAGGUGCACGUCCAAGUACAUAAGAACAUUGAAAACAUUGGUAUCGUCGAAACCGAUAGAAACUGUACUAGCGGUAGAAAUGAUACGAACGGUAGUGUGUUGUUAAGUGCCACUGGCGUUUUAAGUAACGAGAAAAAGGACGUGGAUGAUGCUGCCGCAGCAGCGGCGGCGGCGGCGGCAGCAGCAGCACUAGAUAUCCGUACUUUGCGCGAGAAAAGCAAGAAAAUGGACUUGCCACUCAUUUCGGCCCUGUGUAACGACCGCUCGUUAAUUAAACAAACUAAAGCUUUCGUCUUGCCGAAACAUCCCAACGGGGAGGGUAUCAGCGGCGUCGACGUGUCUCCUCACCAUCGCCAUCACCAUCCGGUCGGUAAUAGUGUUAGUAAAGUUAAGUAUCCUGUGUCAGGUUUAAGCAGCAAUCGAAUUAAUAAGCCAACGCGAAAAUUGCCCCCCGUAAGCCAUAGGCACCCAGGAGACAAGUUACCCGAAAUACCUCGGGACAUUCCUCGUGCUACCCCUAACAAUUACGUGCUUCAAGAUCCCAGAAUCAUUAAGCAUAAAACUAUGCAAUCCUUUCCGAGUGCAAAUAUGCGCUAAACAAUAAUAAUUUCAAGCAUUUAAUUACAAAAUAAUAUGCAAAGUUAUUCACUUGCAAUUUUGUUAACCAUCUUUACAAUUAUAUUAAAUUUGUGAACAGAUGUUUUUGAAAUUAAAAUGUUGAUAUUAUUUUGUAAGAAAAUGUGUUAUUUAAGUUCAGUCCAGUGCUAGAGUAGAUCUGUUUGCUCAGGGUGCCAUCACAUAAUAUUUACAAACCAUGUAUAGUAAAAUUGCAGCGUACAGACAUAAAAUGAGUAUUUCGUCAAUGAGAAACAUUCCGCUAAAAUGCAUUCCAAAAAUAUAUACACAUGUGUGCGAUCUGGUUCUUAUUUUAUAAAAUUUUAAUAAUUAUUAUAACCAUGUAAGGAUUUGAUUUUAUUUUGUCUAAUAAGCUGUAAAUUAUUUCUAUUUCAUCCAAUAUAUGGUAGGGUUGAAGAGUAUUUUUAUUAUCAAUCGUAUGUACGCAUUUGCUCAAUCAUCAUUAAAAAAGUAAAGGUCUUGUAUUUCAGUUGUAAUGAUUUUAUUUAUUUUGCAGUCGUGUUCGCUCAGUUUUAGUUUAUUACGGUGCUGCCAUCAUUUUAUGAUUAAAAUUAUAGCUAAGUAAAUUUUUACACACCGAA